AUGGGUACCCAUGGUACCCAUGGUAUAUCUGCUAAUCUUCUUCUUUGUCUGGUUCUACUGGUAAAACCACCAAAUAGAAGAUGGAGUCAAGGGUUACUGGUUCAUCAAGCAGUUGUGGACCUAAUUAGAUCUGCUAUUCUAAUACCCUUAGGUAAAUCUAUUCUUGAGUGUCAGCCUGUAAAUAAAUGUUCCCUUGUCGAGACAACCUUUCUUCUUCUAGUUACUGUAUCUACGAUUCAGGAUAGUCCUCAAUGUGUUGGGUUUGGACUGUUUAUGAUCUGGUUUGCAAGCGUGACGGUUAAUCUUGGACCAACAUUUCUCAGUGGAGCUCUAGCAGCAAACAACGAGGCCCUUGUAGAUGGUCCUUCAUGCCCUCUUGUACAGGGUCCCUACCGCCACUAUGUACUGAAUGCUAUCUGGAUUUUGAUAAAUGUUCUCUGCGUUAUGUUGACAAUCUUCCAUCUUCACAAACUCUAUCAGGAUCUGAAUCAUACAAGCAGUGAAGCUCAGAGAGUAGCAAACCUGUUCCUGGAGGAACCUGGAGUACAGGAACUAGACACCCUCUCUCUUAAUCAACAAUCAAUCAAGAUCAAAUCCUACAUCACCAGGCUAGAAGAGGAAGGAAUAAGCCGAGUGAAAAUGUUUAUUAUUAUUAUCACAGCAUAUCUGGUAUUCUGGGGACCCCUGUUUCUGGUAACCCUGUUCAGCUGGUCUACGGAGUGGAAAGCUAUGAAGAACUCAAUGGCCCAUGAGGUUUCUCUGCAUAUCGCCUUUGUUCAUGCUUUUGUGAACCCUCUCCUCUUCCUCUCCUUACAUCAGGGUUUAAGAAAAGCAGUUUUUGAUAUCAUCUGCUGUGGCUGCUUGUAUUCAGAAGACACUGAGUCCAGGCAGGAGCAUGGAAACUCGAUAACUAAACACAUGUACAGAAACGGGUACACACAUCAACAGAACGGGAGAAAGGAGACAUCAAUCUGAGAGCAAAUAAA